ACCAAUCAGAGAUCCCAGCGGAGGAUCACCGGCCAUUGACUGUACGGGAGGGCGCGGCUUAGCACUCGGCCUCGGUGCUGCUUGUCGUGUUGUGAUCGGCCAUUGAGUCGGUAUGUGGCAGCAGGUGGUGCGCGGUGUGACGGCGGGCAUCGCGGCAUGGCUCCGCAAUCGGGCGCCCCCGGUGUGCCGCCACAGGGAGUACGGUGCACGGGCCCUCAUACGCGGCCUUCGGUACAGAAACAGUCCGGGGAGAACGGGGAGGCUGCUGGCCGCACUGACCGGGGCCUUUCUAUGGGAGGAGGAACGGGUCCGAGAAGACGAGAUCCUCAGGUCAGCGGAUGAGAUGAAGCAGAUGCCGAUGGCCACCAACUUGCCCCUUGGACAGACACCUCUGUAUGAUGAGGAUCUGGGCUGGGAACUAGUAUUAGAUAAGAAAGACUUCAAAUUGUGGAGGCGACCUAUAGAGGGGACUCAUCUCUACCAGUACAGAGUAUGUGGCUCAUACAGGGAUGUGACGCCUCGACAGUUCUUUAAUGUCCAGCUAGACACAGAGUACCGCAAGAAGUGGGAUGCACUGGUCAUUAAACUGGAAGUGGUUGAGAGAGAUGAUGUCUCUGGAUCAGAAGUUGUUCACUGGGUCACACAUUUCCCUUACCCAAUGUAUUCCCGGGAUUAUGUCUACGUCAGGAAGUAUCACAUUGACCUGGAGAACAACCUCAUGGUUUUGGUGUCUCGAGCAGUGGAGCAUCCAGAUGUGCCAGAGUCUCCUGAGUAUGUACGGGUCCGGAACUACCAGUCUCAGAUGGUGAUCAGACCGCACUUCUCAUUUGAUGAGAAUGGCUUUGAUUACAUGCUGACCUACAGUGACAACCCCCAGACUGUGUUUCCUCGCUACUGUGUAAAUUGGAUGGUAUCCAGUGGGAUGCCGGAUUUUCUAGAUAAGCUGCACCUAGCAACACUCCGUGCCAAAAACAUGGAGAUCAAAGUGAGAGAUUACAUAUCCAUCUGGCCUCAGGAAUGCAACAGCGAAUCUAGAGUCAGUCCAGAACGGAAGCCAGCGGCUGCGCGCCCUGCGGGACAGAUGGAAUAUGCAUAAUUGGCGACGCUGGAGGUACUUUACCUCCCACAGGCCUGAGACAAGGAAGAUGUACGUUUGGGCCAUUGAGUCUUCACACUCAGCAAUGCAGGUCCCAAGUGACACCGGUUACUGCCAACUACAGCUGCAUUGCUAUACGUCCCUAUGAGGCAACACGUGCCUUGUAAGAGAUCAUCUGAUGCUCUACUUGUGCCAGAUUUCUGGACAAUUGCAGGGAAGAUGAAGUAGCCAGUGGGCAUUACAAACAGGAAAGCAGAUGAGUUUUUAUUAUCUGUAGGCUUUUGUCUUUUGUGGUGUGUCUGACAUCAAUCGUUAAUUAUACAAAGGAAUGUUUUUUAUAUUGUACUCUGUUUUCCAAACUGUUGCAUGCCCGAUGCUAAUGAUACUGAUUUUUCCAUAUGAACAAUACCAGGAUACUGGAACACAGUCUGUGACUGGAUGGAUUUUGAUGUCUACUAGCAGCAAAAGGGAGGCGUGUCCUUUUUGCGUGCAGAGUGACAUCCGCUUGUCAAUCAUUUUGGUUAGUUGCCGUCUUGAGUGAAUGUCUUGCUCAGAGACUUGGAAUCCGCAGACGUGGUGGAGUGUCUCUUUGGUUGAUCCAGAAAUGACAUUGUGGAGUCACUGAUUUUAUGGAGAAAGCACAUACUGCUUAAGUGCUGUACACUCCCAAAAGAGCUCACAAUUGUUUUUACCUUUACAGAAUUUGUUGGAUGCUUCGGAUUUCAGCUUCCUAUACAAAGUGUUCUAGUAUGUACAUUCGCUUAAAACCGAUCACUUAAGGCCGUUUCCUUUUGCAUCUACAAUUUGAUUAACAACAUAUUGUAGUUUAUACACUUGGACUAAUGCUGACUGUUCAUUAUGCGACUCCAUUGUCUGCAGUAUCAAGAUAUAAUGAAGUCUUUGUAUGAUUUAUGCCUUAAUAGAUGGCUACAGGCUUCUGCUACGUUACUACACCAACAGCACCUGAUAAUGGUACACAGCCCGGUGUUUCUCAAGUCCUUCUACCUGUAUGUGCCCCCCUCUGCAGGCACGUGCACAUAUUAAGCUAUGAAUACUGUAAGAGAGUCCUGUAUACUAUUUAUUUGUGAAAAAAGCUGGAAAGGCUAGAACCAGAGUUGGGAAACCCUCCCAUAAACAUUCACAGUCUGCUGAGUGCCUUGGUAACUACUUGUAGGCUAGUCAGAGAAGAGGUUCUGCUGCCCCAUAACAUUCCCAACAGGCAGGGUUUAUAUUAUAUUUUAGUUAGUGACUACUCAGGUGGAUCUGUACAGUCUGUAAAGAACUUGCACUAGUUUUAGCCUUGUUCUUUACCUUGUUAACUGGUGCUGGAAAGCACUAGUCUGGCAGGAAGGGGUUAAUUUAUAAACAUCUCAGCAGUGCAGUUUAUCCAUAUAUCAGUCGCCGGAGAGGUCUUGCAGUGAGCCACCCCUCAGUUGAUCUGUGUUCUUCUAUAUCACAUCCGUUUAGCAAAGAUAUAUAGAUUUCAGUCCUACUGCAUAUGUGCGAGCUGAUAAGGCGUCCGGGGAAGCAAGGAUUACCUCUUUUUCCAUUGAAAACCUAGAAGAAAUGGUCAUCACUGCUUGAUGAAUAGACCCCUACGUUUGUCUCUAUCGGUGAGUAUUUAGUUAUUUAAAUAUCAUCAUACAGUAGACUUGAUGAGAACUGAAUCUGCUGUACAAAGGGCUUUUUUUUUUUUUUUUUUUACAUUUCUCCCUGCUUUCUUCUGUUCCAUGUCUGUCUGUAUUGUUGGGUGGACCCCUCCGUGGCACUUAUGUUAUAAGUACAGAACAAAUCGCACUCCUUAUGCAGAGGCGAGCCUAUUUACACCUUCACUAGCAGAAGGACACUUGCAGAGUUCUAUAAUAGCGUUGUGUGUUGCAGUGGAGGUGUUGCUCACUACGGCAAUCCUGUGAAGCUUUUUAAAAUCACUCCAGAAUUAACGACUUGUUUUCCGACGCUCUCCUGAAACUUGCCACUCUCAGAUGCCUACUCUGCUGGAACCAGGGGAACAUCGUUUUCAUGCAAUGAAUAAAACAAUUUUGCUUAAAGGCGCAAUUCAAUCCCCCUCUUCUCCUCCCCCCCAAAAAAAACCCCAAAACAAAACAUUUUGAGCGCACAUAAUAACACUUGGAAAUAACAAUUGGAAGUAAUGGCACUUAAAACAGGGCUUUUAGCUCUCUCACUCUUCUAGUUUAGCAUUGUUAAAUAUGCAUUACAAAGAUAGGUAAACCAAUUACUCCCUGCGCAGCCAGUAAUAACGUCUAAUGGACCAACCUACCGGAAAGUACAGAUGUCUGAGCUGUGUGAUAUUUUGUGAAGUAUUCCCUGCCACAGGCAAUGGAAUGGUUAAAGCAGCAGUACGAAACCUAUGUAUCUGCAGUUACUGUGGAAUUCCAAGCAUUCAGAGACUUCUAGUUCUACAGCUAGAGCAAAGUCACAGGCGGUAUGCAUCUGGGGUUAAAUAGUUGUGAUCAGUUUUUUUUUUUAAACCGUAACCUUCAUCCCCCUAAGCUGUUGUAAUAUGUAUUCUGUAACUAAAUGGACCGCAUAAUUCUCUGUGUACGCAUUUGCACUGCUGUUCCAUUUUUGGAAGCCCCCUCCGAUGUGAUGUUACGAUUUCUUUUUCUUUUUUUUUUUCUUUUCUUUUUUUUUAACUAGUGUAAUUAAAUAUACAUGUUAGUACUAAA